AUGUCUCCAUAUAGGAUUGUGUUCGGGAAACCAUACCAUCUCCUUGUUGAGUUAGAACACUGGGCUUUGUGGGUCAUUAGGAAGUUUAAUUUUGAUAUGGCCAAAGCCAGUGACUGCCGGAAACUCCAACUUAAUGAGUUAGAGGAGCUCCGCAAUGAUGCAUAUGACAGCUCCAAAAUUUACAAUGCUAGGACUAAGGCAUUUCAUGAUAAACACAUUUCUCGCGAGUCCUUCGAGCCUCAUCAAAAAGUGUGGUUGUUCAAUGCUAAAUUACAGUUGUUCCCAAGUAAACUCCUGUCUUGGUGGGAUGGCCCAUAUGAGGUUAUAGAAGUCUUUCCGCAUGGGGCGGUUGAAAUUAAAAAUCCACAAGAUAGUACGACCUUCAAGGUUAAUGUCCAAAGAUUAAAACACUAUGUGGAUGAUAUGUCUACAUCAUCCCGCCAAGCACCCAAACUGCCUCGUAAUGCUAACAUCGCCGCUAGGGAUGUACCAACCGACACCUGGGCCAACAAACCAAUUGCCUAUGACACACCAUUUCAUGUGGACUUCUUCUAG